CACUUCCCAGGCGCCCCUGCGGGGCGGGCGCGGGCGCGGGACCCGGCGGCCGGUUGGGACCCGGAGUCCGAGGUUCGCGGCGGGGCGCGAUGGCCGCGUGGGCCGAGCGGCUGGCGGGCGUGCGCGGGGUGCUGCUCGACAUCUCGGGCGUGCUGUACGACUGCGACGCGGGCGGCGGCAGCGCGAUCGCCGGCUCGGUGGAGGCGGUGGCGAGGCUGAAGCAGUCCCACCUGAAGAUGAGAUUCUGCACCAACGACUCGCAGAAGUCCCGGGGAGAGCUGGUGGGGCUGCUUCAGCAGCUGGGAUUCGACAUCUCUGAGGACGAGGUGACCUCCCCGGCACCGGCCACCUGCCGCAUCCUGAAGGAGCGAGGCCUGCGGCCGCACCUGCUCAUCCACGAAAGAGUCCGCUCAGAAUUUGAUGAGAUCGACACGUCCAACCCAAACUGUGUUGUAAUCGCAGAUGCGGCAGAAAGCUUUUCUUAUCAAAACAUGAAUAAAGCCUUCCAGGUGCUCAUGGAACUGGAAAAUCCUGUGCUCAUAUCCCUGGGGAAAGGACGCUAUUACAAGGAGACCUCUGGCCUGGUGCUGGACGUCGGGGCCUAUAUGAAGGCGCUCGAGUACGCCUGUGGCAUCAAAGCCGAGGUGGUGGGGAAGCCGUCUCCCGAGUUUUUCCAGGCCGCCCUGCAAGCCAUUGGGGUGGAAGCCCACCAGGCCGUCAUGAUUGGGGACGACAUCGUGGGUGACGUCGGCGGUGCCCAGCGGUGUGGAAUGAGAGGGCUGCUGGUGCGGACCGGGAAGUUCAGGCCCACGGACGAGCACCAUCCGGAAGUGAAGCCUGACGGGUACGUGGACAACCUUGCGGAGGCCGUGGCCCUGCUGCUGCAGCACGCAAACAAGUGACGGGCCUCCUGGGAGGGCCCAGCCUCCUUCCACCUGCCUCUCCUCCGCCCGCCCGCCCAGACCACCCCGGGCCCUAAGAGCCCAGCCCUCUGCCCUCUGCCCCUCAUGGGCAGGCAAGGGCCCUUCUGGACUGCCCUGCCCCCAGGCCGGAGCCAGCCAGCCCUUCCUCUGCCUCCCUCCACUGGCCCCGGCCUACCUGGUUGCCUGCUCCCCUGCCUGGGCCCUGACCUUGGCUCCUUUGGUGAGGUCCAGGAGGGUGGGACAGACCUGUCAGCCUCUGCAGAGUGGAGACCCUCUGGGCACGGCCUGGAUCCCUGAAUUCACUCACUGCUGUUUGCACCUGACCCCGGCAAGGCAGCAACCUCCGCCUCGUUCGGUCCGGAGGCCUCGUGCCCGUGGCCUCUUCAUCGGAUGCUGCAUUUCGGCGAGGAGCCUGGAGAAAACCCAGGGCCCCCCGGCACUGCCCAGCCCUCCCCCAAACCAUGCCACCCCCCCACAGAGACUGGGGCCAGCUCCCAAGGAACGCUGAAGACCACCGUCCUACGGAGCAAGAACUGCCCCUGCCUCCUAGGUUGUGGGCGCAGAUGGAGCCGUGACCGGGUGUGCGGGAGCAGCCUGCGGGUUCAAUAAAUCUGCCGUGGACAGCA